GCAGAGAUCACCAAUGCCUGCUUUGAGCCAGCCAACCAGAUGGUGAAAUGUGACCCUCGCCAUGGUAAAUACAUGGCUUGCUGCCUGCUGUACCGUGGUGAUGUGGUCCCCAAAGAUGUCAAUGCUGCCAUUGCCACCAUCAAGACCAAGCGUACCAUCCAGUUUGUGGACUGGUGUCCCACUGGCUUCAAGGUUGGCAUUAAUUACCAGCCUCCCACUGUGGUGCCUGGUGGAGACCUGGCCAAGGUCCAGAGAGCUGUGUGCAUGCUGAGCAACACCACGGCCAUUGCUGAGGCCUGGGCUCGCCUGGAUCACAAGUUUGAUCUGAUGUAUGCCAAGCGGGCCUUUGUGCACUGGUAUGUGGGUGAGGGCAUGGAGGAGGGAGAGUUCUCUGAGGCCCGUGAGGACAUGGCUGCCCUGGAGAAGGAUUAUGAGGAGGUUGGUGUGGAUUCUGUGGAGGGAGAGGGUGAGGAAGAAGGAGAGGAAUACUAAAUUAAAUGUCACAAAGGUGCUGCUUUCACAGGGAAGUGUAUUCUGUUCCAACCGAGCAAGUUGUCUGAUCAGUUAAUUUGUAUGUGGCAAUGUGUGCUUCAUACAGUUACUGACUUCUGCUUUAAUAUGAACAAUUUGUCAUAGACCCAAGCCGUCCAUUUCACUGGGUUUUAAAUAAAAUAUUCCCUGUCUUAAAA